CAGGGGCCCAAGAACUUGGGCCAUCUUCGGCUGCUUCCCUAAGCACAUUAGCAAGAAGCUGGAUUGGAAGUGGAGCAGCUGAGGCUUGAACUGGUGCCCAUGUGGGAUGCUGACACUGCAGGCACAGCUUUACCCACUAUGCCACAGCACUGUUUCCACAAUACAAUCUUUGCUGUAUAGAAUCCUGGAAUAAGUAGAACAAAAUGUUAGAGAAAGAGUUCACUGGAAAACUGUUAGAAUUGACCAUGUGACGAUAAGGCCUGAACAACAAAAUAUAGUCUCUAAGUCCAUGGGACACAAGAUUUUGGAGAAUAUGUUGUAGUUUAGACUUUGUAUUCAUUACUCAUGGAUAUAGUCAUACCUAGCAAAAUGAAAUAAUAUCUGAUAAAAUACUUGAAAACUACAUAAUCCACUGUGGUUCCAAACUAGGAUUCAGUAAACUAAAUUACCAGAUGGGAAAUAUUUUCAUCUUUCUGUGUCUCAGCUACCAACUGUGGUGUAAAAGUGGCCAUAGAUAAUAGGUAAGGAUGAAUAUGUUCCAGUAAAGCUUUAUAUACAAAAAUUGGCAGCAGGCUGUUCUAUCCUGUGGGAUGAAGACUUUGGUCUAUAAGCCAUAAGUGAUUAAAAAUAAAAGUCAUGAUUUUUUUCAUCAUCUUUUAAGCCAACAAGAAUACAAAGAAAUUAAAAAGUGAGCAAUCAAUAAUAAUUUAGGAACUUUUUUUUAAACUUUGAAAUAGUGUAAAUGAUUUUAGUAACCUGCAACUAUAUUUAAAAACUUUUUCUUGGGGCCAGCCUUUUGGCACAGCAGGUUAAGCCAUUGCCUACAACACCAGCAUGCCAUAUGAGAGCACCUGGAGUCCCGGCUGCUCUGCUUCCAGUCCAGCUCCAUGCUAAUAUGCCUGGGAAAGCAGUAGAAGAUGGCCCAAGUAUUUGGGCACCUGCCACCUACGUGGAAGAUCUGGAUGGAGUUCCUGGCUCCCAGCUUGGGCUUGGCUUAACCCAUUUGUAGAGUGAACCAGUGAGCAGAAGAUCGCUUUCUGUCUCUCCCUUUCUCUUUGUGUCACUUUGCCUUGCAAAUAAACAAACCUUAAAAAAGAAAAAACGGUUUGAGGUAAUAUUCACAUAAAAUGAUAUUAGCUGCAUUAAAGGACAAUUCAGUGGCAUUUAGCACAUUUACAUUAUGCAGCCAUAAUCCAUAUCUUGUUGAAAAACAUUUUCGUUACCCUAAAAGGGAACCUCAUAUACAUUAAAUAGUAGUUUCCCACUUCUGUCCCCAACUACUCUGAACCAAUCAGCAGUCUGCAUUCUGACUUUAUGGAUUUACCUAUUCUGGAUUUUUUAUAUAAAUAGAAUUGUAUGGUAUGUGAUAUUUUGUGUCUGGCUGCUCUCACUUAGUAUAAUGUUUUCACGGUAUGCCCACCAUACUACAGCCUUUAUCAGUGCUUUGUGCCUUUUUAUAGCUGAAUGUCUCAUUUAUGUACCACGGUUUGUUUUUCUAUUCUUCAGUUGAGUGCAGCUUUAUUCUGAAUUGUGGGUGAUUCCAGGCAUAAAAAACAAUAAAUAACUCUUUGCUUGAAAAGGUAACUAAGUUUUCUUUAAUGAGAAGAAACCUGUUGAAAGUAGAAGUAGGAAGGACUGCAGAGAUUUAGAAUCUGGUUCCUUUAGGAUGGACAAUGAGGAAGGAGGAAAAUGAAAUGAAUUGACCUGCACGGGGUUAUACAGCCAAUCAAUGUUUAAGCUUGAACUCGAUCCUGAUCUUCCUCCAGUUAAUGCUGCCAGCACUGCACCAUUUUGGAUAUUGCAGGAGGAUAGCUGCUAGUUAACCACUGAACUAUGUUUUUUUAACCCUCAACUAGGUUGCAAAGUCAUGGAUGGGAACAUUUUCCACUAUGAGUUUCGAAGCUCACUCUUCAUUGCGUAUAAAUGUCUCUUCUGUUGGUUUUUGGGUUUUUUGUUUUUUACUAUUGCUUAUUUUUUAUUUUAGGGAAGGAAGGUCAUUGUCAAAAAGAGGAUUCCCUUUCUCCCACUAGUGAUGCUCAUUUAGCUUUGGAUGAUGAUGGUUUCAGUGCUCCAUUUUGUAAGAAUGAAACGUUAAGUUUAAAGCAACUGUCAUCUUUUCUUAAUGUCACAGACUUUGAGUUACCUGAUGAAGACUUUGGCUCCCUUAAACUUGAAAAACUGAAGCUCUGCUCAGAAAAACAAAUUGAGCCUUUUCAAUCAAAACUGUAUGGAGAGAAGCUUCUUCAAGAGGGAUAUUGUUUUAUGGAGGAACUGAUUCCUAAACAAAUAGAUACAGAAAUGGAGGAUGUGGAAGAGGAACGUAUUCUAUCAGGACAAGCACACCCUAACGUGACAAACCUUGAAAGCCAGAAUACAAAGAAGGGCCUUUCUUCAUCUAUACUGCUUUUCACUCCUUUAAAUACUGUUGGACCUGAUGAUAGUGAUACGUCUACCACAGACAUGUGUUCACCUGUUUUUCCCAUGCUAGGUACUACCCCAGUUUUUGGCUCCCAGGCAUACUGUGAACAAGUGUCUGCAGAGGUUGUCGGACAGACUUUCUCCACAUCCCAGUUUUCUCAAUUGAAAGACACAGGCAGACUUGAUAGUGAUAGUAAACAAUGCAACAGUUCAACAAGCACACCAACACUGGAUACCAGUGCGCAUGUGUCAGGUAGGCAAGGACAACCUGCCUGUGACUGUCACUCUGGCCCUCCAGUGACACCUCUGCCCAAUGAGUCAUUGACUAUCCAAGAAAAUCAACUUUGUGGAAACAUAUGUCUGGAGUUGCAUAAACAUUCGGUGGAACAGACAGAAGUGGCGGAUCUUCCUGCUUGUGAUGAUAGCAUAAACUCACAUACCCUACAGCUGGUUUCAAAGUUAAAGAAUGCUUCUGGUUCCUGCUCUGUGGAUGUGAGUGCCAUGUGGUGGGAAAGAGCUGGUGUCAAAGAGCCAUGCAUCAUAACUGCAUGUGAAUACGUUGUUGCUCUGUGGAAACCUCUGGAUGCUCAGCGGUGGAAGAAAAAUUAUACCUGGCACUUCACAGAGGUUCCAAUUUUACAAAUAGUUCCUGUGCCUGAUGUUGGUAACCUGGUGUGUGUAGCUUUGGGAAAUCUGGAAAUCAGAGAAAUCAGGGCAUUACUUUGUCCCUGUGAUGAUAACGGUGAAAAGCAAGUCCUACUGAAAUCUGGAAACAUAAAAGCUGUGAUUGGCCUGACCAAGAGGAGACUAGUCAAUUGCAGUGGCGCCCUUGGUGACCAACAGGUAGAAGUCGUGACAUUUGCAGAAGAUGGAGGAAUCAAAGAAAAACAGUUUUUGAUGCCCCCUGAAGAGACUAUACUAACUUUUGCUGAGGUCCAAGGGAUGGAGGAAACUCUACUUGGUACCACUGUUAUGAACAAUAUUAUUAUUUGGAAUUUAAAAACUGGUCAGCUCCUGAAGAAUAUGCACAUUGAUGAUUCUUACCAUGCUUCAGUCUGUCACAAAGCGUACUCUGAAAUGGGGCUCCUGUUUCUUGUUCUGAAUCAUCCUUGUGCCAAAGACAGUGAGUCGCUGGAAAGCCCUGUGUUUCAGCUGAUUGCAGUUAACCCUAAGACGUCCUUGAAUGUGGGAGUGAUGCUGUACUGCCUUCCUCAAGGGCAGGCCGGAAGAUUCCUGGAAGGUGAUGUGAAAGACCAUUUUGCAGCAGCAGUCUUGACUUCUGGAACAAUCGCCAUCUGGGACCUGCUUCUAGGUCAUUGCACUGCCCUUCUUCCACCAGCCUCUCACCAAAGUUGGUCUUUUGUUAAAUGGUCUGGUACAGAUUCUCAUUUGCUGGCUGGACAAAAAGAUGGAAAUAUAUUUAUAUAUCGCUAUGUAUGAGUCAAGAUAAGAUGAAAACAGUUUCUGGAUAUACUUGACCUCCUCCUCUGUUUACUUUCAGUUGUAACUAUAAGAGAGAAUAUCUGAAGGACACAAAAUAAUUACUUGUGUGCAUCAGAUUUAACUUUUAUUCUGAUGGUGAUGGCACUACUGAUCUUAAAUGUUCAUUUAAACUUUGGGGAAAGGAGUUUUAAAUUGAUUUUUAUAAUUUUCCACAUUUGCACUUUUGGAUUGAUUUUUGAAAUUCUCCACAUUUGCACAUUUACUUUUA